AGAAACUAACGGCCAACCGUUCUCACCCAACCCCUCCCUCCUCCUCCCUCUCUCUCUCUCUCCCUCUCUCUCUCGAUCUCGAUCUCGAUCUCGAAACCCUAGGAGCAGGGGAGAGAGAGAGAGAGAGAGAGAGAGAGAGAGAGAGAGAUUAGGGCAUUAGGGCAUUAAUGGGAGGUUGCUGUUCGGCAUCCUCAUCAACCCAAGACUUGUUCUUCAAGCGCGCAAAGAGCCUUCGUUGCCUCCCCUCCAUCUCCUCCUCCAGCUCCUACUCCUCCGCCGCCAACUCCUCCCCCCCUUCCUCCCCCUCCGACUUCCACCGCCGUUACCAACUCGGCCCUGAGCUCGGCCGUGGCGAGUUCGGCGUCACUCGCCGAUGCAUCGCCACAUACACUGGCGAGGUUCUCGCCUGUAAGAGCAUCUCAAAACGGAAGCUCAGUGUCGCCCUCGACGCCGAUUGCCUCCGCCGGGAGGUGGAGAUCAUGGCCUCUUUGCCCGAUCAUCCUAAUAUUGUCAAGCUUAAGGAUGUUCAUGAGGAUGCCAAUGCUGUCCAUCUCGUUAUGGAGUUGUGCGAAGGCGGUGAGCUUUUUGAUCGGAUUGUCAAGCGUGGGAGGUACACUGAGCGUGCUGCUGCCAACAUUACUAAGACCAUCGUUGAGGUCGUCAAGCUAUGCCACUCGUGUGGGGUGAUUCACCGAGAUCUAAAGCCAGAGAACUUCUUGUUUGCAAACCAAUCAGAAAAUUCUCCAUUAAAGGCGAUUGAUUUCGGUCUAUCUGUGUUCUUCAAGCCUGGUGAACGCUUCACCGAAGUUGUUGGAAGUCCGUAUUACAUGGCUCCGGAAGUUCUGAAGAGGAAUUAUGGACCAGAGGUAGAUGUGUGGAGUGCUGGGGUUAUUCUCUACAUCUUAUUGUGCGGAGUGCCACCCUUUUGGGCAGAAACUGAUGAGGGAAUUGCACAUGCAAUUAUCCGGUCAGUUGUCAAUUUUGAUAAGGAACCUUGGCCUAAAGUGUCUAAACACGCAAAGGAUCUUGUAAAACAAAUGCUUGAUCCAAAUCCUUAUACCCGUUUGACAGCUGAAGAAGUACUUGACCAUCCUUGGUUGAAGAAUGCAAAUGCAGCUCCUGAUAUUUCACUUGGCGAAACUGUCAGAGCUAGGCUCCAACAAUUCUCAGCCAUGAACAAGUUCAUAAAGAAAGCUUUGAGAGUGGUUGUAGACCAUCUGCCAGUAGAGGAAGUUGAUGGAAUCAAGAAGAUGUUCAGCAUGAUGGAUACUGACAAGAAUGGAACCCUAACAUUUGAAGAACUCAAAGAGGGUCUCCAUAUAAUCGGACAGCCUGUUCCUGAGCCAGAAGUUAAAAUGUUACUGGAAGCAGCCGAUACAGAUGGAAAUGGAACUCUUGACUGCGAGGAGUUUGUGACCGUCUCCAUUCAUUUAAGGAAAAUUAGUAGUGAAGAACACCUUAACAAAGUUUUCAACUACUUUGACAAAGACGGAAGUGGAUUUAUUGAGACCAAUGAAUUGAGAGAAGCUUUAACAGAGGGUGAUCGCGGUCCAAAUGAGCAGGUGAUCCAGGAUAUCAUCUCCGACAUUGAUGUAGACAAGGAUGGUCGUAUAAGUUAUCAAGAAUUUGAGUUGAUGAUGACGACAUCUGGAACUAAUUGGAAGAAUGCUUCCCGACAAAUCUCAGGCGCGGUGCUUAAAACACUCAGCCACAAGCUAUUCAAUAGCAGGAAUACGAACAAUCAACGAAACACUGAGAACUUUUGUGAAUAUCUUGAUUGCUAACCAUCUUUUGAAUGGCGUUUGACUGGCUUUGCUAAAAACUGGUUCUAGUUUUGACUUAUAAUGGAAAUGUUUAUAUUCUUAAAUUUUU